GAAUACCCCUACAACCAAAGGUUAUCCUUUUCAUUCCAUUCCAUAUUUGGAGUAGAAAAUGUCGUUUGAAGAAGAACAAAGAAAUUAACCUUUUCCCCACAUCUCUGUUUGGAUCUACAAUCCUAAAACAGCUGCAGUUAUUUUCGUAAUUAACCAAAUCAAUCAAAUUUUCAUGUGUUAAUUAUCCUCUUCUGAUUAUCAAAUCUCUAGAUCGAGAUCAAAGGAACCUCGAUCAAUUGUUCCCUUUUGCGCCCAAAGUUUGUAGGUAAUUUAGUAGGGGUAAAACAUGUCCCAUCAACAAGAGGAUGAUGCUGAUUACAUGGCAAAUGAAUAUGAAAUGGAAGCUAUCGAUGAUGAUAUGGAUGAUGAGUUCCAUGGCAGAGAUAUUGAUGCCUCUGAUUCAGAUGCAGAUGAGUAUGACUACAUGAAUAAUAAAAUGCAAGAUACCUCUGCUGCUGAGGCAAGGAGAGGUAGAGACAUUCAAGGGAUUCCCUGGGAAAGGCUUAGCAUAACCAGGGAGAAAUACAGGCAAACGAGAUUAGAGCAAUAUAAGAACUAUGAAAAUGUUCCGCAAUCUGGGGAGGCAUCAGAGAAGGACUGCAAAGCCACAAACAAAGAGGCUUCGUACUAUGACUUCAGACGCAAUUCAAGAUCUGUUAAAUCAACAAUUUUACACUUCCAGCUGAGGAACUUGGUGUGGGCAACCUCCAAGCAUGAUGUAUACCUUAUGUCACAUUUUUCCGUCAUUCACUGGUCAUCCUUGACCUGCAGCAAAACUGAAGUUCUGAAUGUAUCAGGGCACGUAGCACCAUGUGAGAAGCAUCCUGGGAGCCUUUUAGAAGGAUUUACACAGACUCAAGUCAGCACUCUUACGGUGAAAGACAAGUUGCUUGUUGCUGGGGGAUUUCAAGGAGAACUUAUUUGCAAGUAUUUAGACAGGCCCGGAGUUUGCUUCUGUUCCCGGACAACAUAUGACGACAAUGCAAUUACUAAUGCUGUUGAGAUUUAUAACACUGCCAGUGGCGCACUUCAUUUUAUAGCUUCAAAUAACGACUCUGGAGUUAGAGAUUUCGAUAUGGAGAAAUUUCAACUGUCCAAGCAUUUCCGUUUUCCCUGGCCAGUGAAUCAUGCAUCACUGAGCCCUGACGGUAAGCUUCUCGCAAUAGUUGGAGAUAAUCCCGACGGUUUAUUGGUCGAUUCCAGAAAUGCAAAGAUUGUUUCACCUUUGUGCGGACAUGGUGACUUCUCGUUUGCGUCAGCAUGGCAUCCUGACGGCCUGACUUUUGCAACUGGGAAUCAGGAUAAAACCUGCAGAGUAUGGGACAUACGGAACUUGUCGAAAUCAGUUGUUGCUUUGAAGGGUAACCUCGGAGCUAUUCGGUCAAUCCGCUACACAUCUGAUGGCAGAUAUAUGGCUAUGGCAGAACCUGCAGAUUUCGUUCAUGUUUUUGAUGUAAAAAGUGGGUAUGAGCAGGAGCAAGAAAUUGAUUUCUUUGGUGAGAUAUCAGGUCUGUCUUUUAGUCCUGAUACAGAGUCCCUUUUCGUUGGAGUUUGGGAUCGCACAUAUGGUAGCCUUCUGGAGUUUGGACGACGGCACAACUACACAUACCUUGAUACAAUAAUCUGAGCACUUUGCGUGCUGGUUCGGGUAUGUUUACUUGGCUUCAAGAUGGCUCUGGCUUUAACUUUGUAAACCAGUAGCAUAGGAGUUAGUAGUUGAUUUGGCUGUAAAUUUCUUAUGUUGUGCAAUUUCCUUUGUCGCAUAAAUUGUUGUGCACCAUUUCAAGUGUCAGGAGAUGUAGAAUGGAGAGAUGUGUAUAGAAGCGAGAUGAACUCCAGUCAUGUGAACAAGAAAGCAAAGUGUUGUUUCCAUAAGGCAUAGGCCAGAACUGUGAUCUUGUGGGGGUUGGGGCGAUUUCAUCGUGUAUUUGAGACCUUGAUUCAAACUGAAAGUUGACUCAUUGAUUUGCAUUUGACCACAA